UCGAGUGUCUUCAGUUAUCGAAUAUAUUAACACCAAUUAAUAAAUACAAUUAAUUCAAACGUAUGGCAAACGUAUGAGGACGCUAAGUGCAGAAACAGUAAUUUUGUAUUGGUAUCAACUCUGACUCCGGCCUCACAAGUGAAAAAAAGCAUUGUCGCAAGCCCAUGAGCCACAAGGGCAGCACGCACAUAGCCCACAGACGGGAUAUCGGAGACACCACGAAAGCACAUGUGCAGGAUGGAGAAGUACUUAGCUCGGAAACCAAUGAACACGAUGGAUUUCCACAGGAAGCUUAUAUUAAGACCGAGCCCUUAUGCGAAGAUCUGUCGGAAGUCCUGGACGAGCUGGGGGAAAUACUGGACGAGGAGCUGGCCGAUAUGUUGGAUAUGAGGCAGAGCAACAUUAUAUAUAGGGACCAGGGCGAGAUUAUGGAUAAGGAGGAGGCCGAGGUGGAUGAGGAAGAAGCGGGCACGCCACCGGCGCCCUCCAUCUCACUUACCGACGACGCCUCUUUAUUCACCAGGAGAUCAAGACCAUAUGCUGACGAUUCUCCCCUAAGCUUUAGUGGAUCUUUAUACGAGCCGGGAGGCUCAAGUGGGGAAGACCAGAAAGAACCAGUUCGUGGCAAUAAUUUACAUGAAAUUGCCUUAGUGCGGUUCCGAAACUGUCCAGAACAGAGCUUAAAACGCUGCAGUAUCGACGCUUUCGUCGAACGAAAGUUCCCCUCGGAGAAUAAGAUAAAUCGAAGAAGCACCCGCAGCACAUCCAAUGAAAAGAGUGCCACACAAAGACGAUCGGUUAGUCGCAGUCACAUCCCAAGGUGCAGAGGCAGAAGAAGGAGCCAGUCCAGGAGCCCAACAGAGCCAAAGCAAAGAUCGAGUCCGCCCACCCACAAAAGGCGAUCAAGUCCAUCUAGAGAACACAUUAGGUCUCGGAAGCGAUGCUACUCUAGGGACCGAAGAGAGCGGCGUAGCAGACUACCAUCUAGGCGCAAACUUAUCUCGAGGUCCCGGAGCCCAGAUCACAGAAGUCGUUCGCGAUAUCGUUCUCUAGGCAAAGGGUCAAGACAUGCGUCGCCCUGUGCUGGGAACCGUCACAGAUCCCUCAGAUCUCCAAGCGUUGAACGGAGGCUUGGGUCGCGGAAUUCGCCAGUACGCCGUUCUCGGUAUCGGUCAAGGAGCAACUCUAGGCUUAUCAAACAUGGGGUAGCACAUCGCAUAGAAAGUAGGGCUUACAGGGGGGAUCGUUCGAGGAGCAGGUGCCGGUCAGCAAGAAAACCCCUCCGAAAGUGUUCUAGAAGCAAAUCCAAAUCUGUAAGAAUCACACAGCAGGAGCUUUCAAGACGCGCAUCCAAGGCGCGAUCAAAGAGUAAACACAGGCCACUAAAGACCGUGGCUUGCCGACGUUCCAGAAGCCGAUCCAACAGCCCCCAUACUCGCCUUCGCAGAGUUUCAAAGAGUAGCUCCCAGCCCGCACACACCCAACAGCGGAAUACCACCUCGCCACCUUUGGCCGCAAUAUCGCCACGCCCCAUUUCUCCGAUAGUUACACUUCACGAUAAUCGAACUAGUCAUCCAAAGGAGAUGAUCCAGUACCUGCUUCCUACCCCAACUGUUCCUCAAAUUUUCUACAGGCAGACGAACUACACCCAUACGGAGUACAGUGCGCAUGCCGGCAACGUUACCGGAUUCUUCGGGCAGCCUUUUCCGGUGCUGGAGCCGUACGACGUGCGCCACCGCUUGUCCACCACGCGUUCACUCUAUUACGUAGGGCCCAACGAUCUGCGGCACCAUAUCCAGGGAAUAUACUCGCACCAACCCGCCUUUAAUGCCUACACCGAGUGGCCCACGGGGUUAACUGAGGAUAACCAUCCUAGUGGUUACUACUGAAAGGCUCCCUAUGGUUAAGAAUAAACAUCAUUACUUGCAAUACAUUUACAUCAUAGUUGGGUGUUCAUACUAAAGUCGGUCCAACGGCUCCUUCUUGUUUUCUCUCCUACCAAAAUUCAAAACGAAGCGGUCGACUUGUAAGAACAGUGGAUGAGCACGCUCUUGAUCUUCCUGACAAGCUAAUAGUACCUCAGCACUGUGCUGUGCACUGUUUGAAAUAUUUAAAUAAAACAUAUUGCUG